UUGCCAUCUCAAAAAGCUUCUCCCUAACCAGAACCAAAAAAAAAAUAAAAAAAAAAUUGGAAGUUAAAAAAUGGGGAAGAGGAAGCUAAAGCUUUCUUCUCUGUUCAGAGGCGGAGCCGGUGGAUUACUCGCGGUUCCUCUCUGCUACAAUGCCAAAACGCUUUCAUUCCGAGUCGGAGACGACAUGAUCAAGACCGUCAACUCCGUCUUCUUCGACCACAACCACCACAAUGUCGACUCAUUAGAAGCCGAAACUCCCGAGUCAUGGUUCACGAACUCGUCCGAGACGGCGAGUCACUCUACCGAGUCGGAUCAGGACCUCGACGCUGAAUCGCUGGAGGUUGUGGUGAGAGGAGUGGUUAGAUCGGAGCGGUUAUUCUUCGAUCCGGGAGUCACGAGCUCGAUUCUGGAAGAGAUUAACGAGAAAUCGAAAUCUGGCUCUGACUCGAAAUCGAAGGCGGCGAUAUCGGUGGAUACGCCGCCGAUUGAGGAUAUCAGCGUUGCGGUGGCGAUGGAAUCGGAAGAUCCGUACGGAGAUUUCCGGCGAUCGAUGGAGGAGAUGGUGAGGAGUCACGGUGAGUUGGCUAAGGAUUGGCAGAGCUUGGAAUCGAUGCUUGCAUGGUACUUGAGGAUGAACGGGAGGAGGAGCCACGGCGUUAUAGUCAGCGCCUUCGUCGAUCUCCUCUCUGGACUCUCUGAUUCCGGCGCCGAGACUACGUCGGCUUCGAUUUCGGAUUCGGCUCGUUACUCCACCGCCGUUUCGUCUUUGCCGUCGUCACCGGUUUAUUCAUCAUCUCGAGGACAGACGGAGAUCGAAGAGGAAGAGAGACGGAGCUGUUAAAAAAUAAAAACAAAAAGCUUUUUUUUUUUUAUCAGAUUAACUUUUUGGAUUCUGUAAAAAGUAAUUAGUGGUUAGAGGAAACCCAUAUAUUCUCGAUUAUAUAUAUUU